CUGUGAGGUGAAUCAUGAAUCAGGUUGUUCGCACACUGUUGUGUGCUCUGGUGUUUGGAGUGACUCUUACACACUCUGCAGGGCAAGCAGGGGGGUUAUCACAACGCUGCUUAUGCAGAGGCAAACUGCCGAAAGCAGUGAAGCCCAGAUGGAUUCGUGCAGUUGAAUUGUUCCCACCAAGUCCCUCUUGCUCAAAGACAGAGAUUAUAUUGACUGUGAUUGCAAAAGGAAAGGGAAAAGGAAAGGAGGUUAACAGGAGGUUAAAGGUGUGUUUGGAUCCAAAUGAUAGGCAAGGACAGAGAUUAUUGAAGGGCAAAGGAAAGCAAAACAAAAAGCAAAGGAACAGAGGAAGAAAUGAGAAGAAGAUUAAGAAGUUUGACGACAAGGAUGGUUAUUGAAAUUACUCCGCUAUAAUACACAAGACUUCAAAGCCAUUUAGCCAUAAAUGUAUACUUUUUCUUUAUACACUAUAAAAUCUAAUUACCGGUAGUUGGGCUUACUUAAA